UAGCGCUUGCGCAUAUUCUAGUAUUAUUUUUCAGUUUAUUCUUGAUACACGUGGAACGAAAUUGGACCAUAUAUCAGAAAAAUAAUUUUUUUUUUAUGUAUCUUUUGACAAAGUGUGCACAAUAAUUUGUUUUCAGGAUGAAGGUUAAAGUAUUAAGUAGAAAUCCUGACGAAUACUUACGAGAGACCAAACGAGAUAUUCACAAAAUCCCUCGGAAUUUUGACCCCGUCUUACAUCCCUUUCAAGCGGCAAGGGAAUAUACGAAAGCGUUAAAUGCCGUUAAACUAGAGAAGGUAUUUGCAAAACCGUUUUUGGGUAGUCUGGAAGGCCACAAAGAUGCAGUGUCCUGCAUAUGUAAACAUCCAUCUCAGCUAUCUACUCUUUUGAGCGGUGCUUAUGAUGGCGAGGUGAGAAUAUGGAGUCUGAGCCAGGGAACCUGCACACGCGCUUUUCUGGCUCACAACGGCAUAGUUCGCGGUAUUGCGUAUGCAUUGGAUGGAAAACAUUUUAUCACUAUUGGUGAUGACAAGACAAUUAAGACCUGGGAUGCUAUCUCUGAUGAUGAGGAGGAGCCCAUAAAUACUAUUGUUAGCAAAAUGGUAUUAACUAGUAUAACUCAUCAUCGGACCAAACCAAUAUUUGUUACGUGUGGAGAAGGACUCUGUCAUAUGUGGCAGGAAACUCGUAAUGAACCACUUCGUACAUUCAAGUGGGGUGUAGAUAGUUUACUUGAUGUAAAAUUUAAUCCUGUACAGACAGAUCUUUUAGCUUCUUGUGCCAGUGAUCGUAGCAUAAUUUUAUAUGAUACUAGAGAGACAGGACCUUUAAGAAGAAUAGUAAUGAAAUUACGAAGCAACAAGCUUUCUUGGAAUCCUAUGGAAGCUUUCGUUUUUACAUGUGCAAAUGAAGAUUACAAUUUAUAUACUUAUGAUAUUCGUAAGCUGAAAACGCCAGUUAACGUACAUAUGGAUCACGUGGAAGCAGUGAUAGAUGUGGAUUACUCACCGACAGGAAGAGAAUUUGUUUCAGGUAGUUAUGAUAAAUCAAUACGUAUUUUCGAAGCGAACAAAGGCCACUCGCGAGAAGUGUACCACACAAGACGCAUGCACAGACUUACCUGUGUGGGAUGGUCACUUGAUAAUAAAUAUGUAAUUAGCGGUAGUGAUGAAAUGAAUCUACGUAUAUGGAAGUCUAAAGCAUCGGAAAAACUUGGCGUUCUGAAACCCAGAGAAAGAAAUGCACUGCAAGUCAACCAUACUUUGAAAGAGAAGUACGCGGCACAUCCAGAAAUUCGGCGAAUCGCGCGUCAUAGACAAGUACCGAAACAUAUAUACAAUGCACGAGCUGAAUUACGAACAAUUCGUGAGAAAAGUAAACGCAAGGAGGCUAAUAGACGUUACCAUUCCAAGAAAGGAACCAUACCGUUUACGUCAGAAAGGGAAAAGAACGUCGUGGCUGAAGAUAGUUGAAGUGACAUAUUCUCGUAUCUCUUUAUCUGAUACGAUUGAACAUAUUUCGAUUUUUAUUCGGUUAUUUCAAUAAGCCAUUGAUUUUUGUUAAUUGUAAAUGUUUUAGAAUACUAUGUAACUGUAAGAAAUAUAUGUAUACUUUGUA